AUGCGUGAGAAAACAGCAAAAAGUAGAAAAAGGAAAUCAAAUGUUUCGAGAUUAUCAUAUCUAUCAAAAAUUCCAAGACUCGCUUCAUUGUCUCCAACUUUGGAUACAGAAGAUAAAGCUCAAAACGAGAAUCAGACAUGGGACAGUAGACAUAGGAUAUUUGGGAUGUUAAAUUUAGAUUCUACAAGUAGAUUUUCCAAGUAG